CCAGUUCAUUCCUUUCACAACGAGCGUGUUGAAGUCAGAAGAACUCAGAGGAUGUUUUAGCAGAUUCGAAAUCCGCCGUUUAAUUUUUGUCGUACUCUCUCGGUACGACAACAUUUGAGGCUAUAUUGUUGUGGCAUCUGUCGUGUUUUCAGCGCCGUGGUAUUAUCCUGCCAGUCCUUUAAGAUGAAGGCUGUUACUCCAGUCCGCCCUCAGGACUUCUCCUCCACCGGCAGCCAGCUCUCCCUGCACUAUCUGUCGAGUCAGAGCCUCAACAUCGCCCGGUGCAGGAUGGAGGAGGAGGACCUCCUCUGCCUGCAGUACGAUAUGAACGACUGCUACAGCCGACUGAAGCGCCUGGUGCCCACCAUCCCGCAGGAUAAGAAAGUCAGCAAAGUGGAAAUCCUCCAGCAUGUCAUAGACUACAUCCUGGACCUGCAGCUGGCCUUGGAGACGCACCCUUCCCUCCACAAACAGCAACCACAGUGGACAGGGACCUGCCCCGCGCCACCCUCCAACCCCAGCCGUACACCGCUGACGGUGCUCAACACUGAUCACCACCAGAGGACGUCAAUAGUCAAAAAGCCGGAUGACUCGAUUUUAUGCCGCUGAGACAAGAGCAGUGCAUUGGUGUGCAGGCUUCACAGAGCUGCUCCAAAGCCAGCAAAGCUUCGCCAGGGACUCACAUCCAACUGGAGGCACAAUCACAAGGGGAUUUCAAAACAGCUGGGAGGAACUAAACCCAAAUAAAGUCACCAUUCACAUAAGAAUGUUUUUGUUCCAUUUAACAAGGGCUCACUGUGUAGAAACCUCCCUCUCCUCCCCCCUGUUUAUUUUGCUCUAACUUUACUUCUUCUGACAUACAGUUUUUCUAAAAGAGUGAAAUUAUUGAAUCCCCCAGGCUCGGAAGUCGUCUGUCAAAUGCUAUAAAAACUGUUUGUAAAUUAUGCUAAAUGAAAAGCUAAAAUUGACUCCAGUUUCAAGCCUAAACUGUGAAUAAUUAUUGUAUAUGUUUUGUACAUCUAUUGUUUAAAAUAGAUGUUUUGUGUUGAACAGGGACUUCAUCCCUGGAACCUUAAAAUGUUUCAUAUUGUAAAGAAGAACGAUUCUUAUUCGAGACAAUUAAGAUUGUACAUAAGAGACUCAAAUGUUCUAUAAAAGUAUGUGGAAGGAAGACUUAUAUGUUUAAAAUAGAUUCUUGUAAUUAUAGGAUAUUUUUAUUAAAACUUUUUGGUUGUCAGGCUCAUUGCAGAGAUUUUGAAUGUGCACUGAAGCAGCCCUUGUGUUUAUAUGUGGUGGAGUUCAAAACAAGUAUAAUUUGUCUGCUCAGCUUUCUUUUAAGUUGUGUUGUACAUUAACUAUGGCAAGUGUGACCAGCUAAGAGUCAGUUUUUCUAUUUGAUCUUCAAACAAAAAAAGAGAAGAAAAGCCUCUAUUUGAUUCAAAAAUUCAAACUGAUUGCUGCAACACUUAUACCGCAAGUAUAACACAUAUAAAUCACACAAAAUAAUGUCUGUUAUAUUUGUGCUGUUACUGGAGUUACUCCUUGAAAAGUUAAUGUUUUGGUUAUGAACUCAUGAAAUAUGUGAACAAUGUAAGAAUCUUUAUGGACAACAAACACUUGAAUUGAUGCCGGCAUUGUCUUUAAGUUGGUACGAACUGAUUUCCCUGUAGGAGAGUCAGCAGCCAUUGUUAAUGUAAAGGAGGAAAAUAAUUCCUCAUUUUUCAUGACAUUGAACACCGAAUUUACCUCACCACCCUCCUGCCAGUGUGAGAGGGCACUUGUACAUUUCUGUCAGCUGCACUGUUGGACUUGACCUUCACUGGCUUGUGAGGAUUUGUCAAAACAAUUAAAGUUUCCAGGAAGAAUUGUGUUGUCUCGAGGGGAAUCUUUGUUUAUUGCCUUCAUUGACAGCGCUGUCACACGAAACAAUGAGGAGAAAGAGGGAGGAGCGGGUUUAACACUGCAUAAUGUAUUCUGUAGCUUCACAAAAAAUAAAGGAUGCAUAGACUAUAUUAGAGUCUACUGUCAGUUCUCAAAUCUAUUAAAACAGGAGUCAGGUAGAAAGUCUCUUAUGUUGUAGGGUUUUAUUAAUGCAAUCACACAUGACAACUGCUUCACACAUAGUGAAGAGGUCAAAUUCAUGUGUAACUGAGUCAGGUAUCGUUCAUUUCAUCUUCACAUUCAAGGGAAAUUAUUUGUUCUUCAUUAAUAUUUUAAUGUUCAAGGCACCUUCCUUUUUUCCAAUUUGACAUAGAAAAUGUUACAGCCCAAAACUAAUUUUAGUAAGCAAAUUAAAAAAACGUAUAACCUCAACAAACCCAAAGGAUAUUUGGGAUUCUCUUCCUUCGAGAGAAUCAACAGUAGCUUUGUCAUCUCAUAUGGACGUUAUAGAAGAGUCAAACAAGUACAAUGUUAGCCACAAUUACAAUUAUAUUUCUGUGUAAACACUGAAUAUAGUAGAAUAAAGGCACAUGCCAAUAAUUCAAAUAGAAAUAGGUAUCUCAGAUGCUCUAAAUAUUUUGAAAAAAAGAGACAGAUUAUAGCUAUAAUAUUUUAAUGAUUUGUGUUUUUCAUUUGUCACUAACAUUAAUUAAAUCAAAUAAUACUGAAAUAAUUAUGAGAUUUAUCCUGGAGUACUAUUCCUGACAGCUUUCUUAAAACACUGUCCUAAAACAACACCUAUAUCAGUCUAACACUUGUUAGUUACAUGUGUGUCCUUCCUGUCCUCUUUCUUUCCCACAGAGGUGCAGUGUUUGCUCACACACACACUGACCCUAGUUUAGCUAUCCUCACCUCAACCUGUUCAAUGCAUGUUAAAAGCUACGGUGACACACAGGCACAUCCAGCAAUGGAGGUUCCCUGUGGGUGCUGCUGACACCCUUCAGACAUCCUGCUCCCUCCACUGUGGCCAUCUGAUGAUAAGCAGGCGACACAGGGCACUGUGUUGGUUUGUAGUCCACAGUAAGGGCCUGGCCUCGCUGCGCUUCACAAGCACUGUGACCUUGUGAGUUUAACAUGCGUGUGUCAUAUUUAAGAAGAAAUAUGAUUUUUUUUGGCAGUAAAUACAUUUUUCAUGGCUGGUAAACCAACCCGAAGGUUUUACUCAGUCAGCCCUGCUGACCCUCUUUUUUAUUUGCAUAGCGGGAAGUGGGUAAUACUUUACCCACUUCUUUCCAUAAUGCCAUUUGAUUUAUCACAUAACAGUUGGAAGUAUCAACGUUAAGUGCCAUGUAAAGGUAAAAGAGUGAGAUCUUAUCAUGAUGAAACAAUAAAUUCUUAUUUGCUUCAA